GGUUGCAUUAAAAGGUCAAAUGACGUCUUGGCAAAAAGGUCAAUCGUGUAGCUGUCUACUGAGCUAGCCCAUAACAUCGCCAACGCGAUGCUAGCCAGAGUGCCAGGAAGUCGCAUCGUCUUCUAUUUUCUAAGUAGCCGUAGCGAAAAUUUGGAUUGAUGGACGCUGAAAUGACUAAGGAAUUAAACAUUUUAUGAUGACACUUGGUUGCACUUAUUUUCUAGCUAGCUGACAUUCCACGCUUGGUUAUUGUUUACUAACCAGGUAACGUUAGCUAUCUUGUUAACUAAAGUAAGCGCGAGAUAUUUACCUAGCCUGCUGGAUAAAAAAAAAAAAGUUAUCUCCUACGUUGCACAAGGCUGUCGAUUGCGAUACAUUCAUACGUUGUUUUUUUUAGAAACUGACAUUUUAAUUUAGCAAAAAACUUCCUUGACUGAGGGAUGCGAAUGAGCUUCUGUAAUUAUCGCUCAAACUAUUCUCAGUGACUUUUUUUUCUCAGUGACAUUGUGACCAGUAGAACGCUAGCCAGUGACGUCAUUUGUCAAGAUCGUAAUGCAGGAUCCCUGAGUAUCACGCACAAAAUUAAUUAGCUAUUCAUAAUUUGACCAAGUUGUAAAUAAUUUACCGACGUAGGCAUCAAGGUCGUAUCCGGUUGAAUUUCCCUGACCAGGAUGUAGCCAUAUCUACACAAACUUAAACGCUACAUGUCUCAAGUUUUGCGGUAGCAAGCAAUUGGCAUGCUAUCUGCAUGAAUGUCUACCAUUAGAAUUUAAUGUUAAUUUGUCUUCCAUAAACUGCCUCGUUUUAGAGAAUUUGGCAGUUCGUCCGGACUUCCAACACGAGUAACCACGCCAGCCCAGGAGUUCCACAAAUCGGGCUGCUUAACCCGUGGGAUCGUCUGAGACCAGCCACCUGGACAGCUGAUGAAACUGGGUUUGCACAACCGAAGAAUUUCUGCUCAACUCUCAGGGAAGCUUAUCUGCAUGCUCGUCGGGCUAACCAGGGUCUUGACCUGACUGCAGUUCGGCUUUGUAAACUACUUCAGUGGACAAAUGCUCACCUUCGAUGGCCACUGGCAAGAUGGACAUGUGCGCUCUUUAAGAAUGAAUCCCGGUUUCAACUUUACCAGGCAGAUGGCAGACAGCCUGUAUGGUGUCGUGUGGGUAAGCGGUUUGCUGGUGUCAACAUUGUGAACAGGGCCCCAUGGUGGGGUUAUGGUAUGGGUAUAGGCAUAAGCUACAGACAAUUUACACUUUGAAUGCACAGAGCUACCAUGACGAGAGCCUAAGGCCCAUUGUCAUGCCAUUCAUCCACCACCAUCACCUCUUGUUUCAGCAUGCACCAUGGGGCCAUGCAUUGUCAAGGCCCUGUACACAAUUCCUGGAAGCUGAAAAUGUCCCAGUUCGUACAUGGCCUGCAUACACACCAAACAUGUCACUCGUUGAGCACGUUUGGGAUGCACUGGAUCGACGUCUACGAUAGUGCAUUCCAGUUUCCACCAAUAUCCAGCAAGGUCACACAGUUAUUAAAGAGUGGGACAACAUUACACAAGCCGGAUCAUCUCUGUACAAAGGAAAUGUGUCAUGCUGCACGUGGUCACCAGAUACUGACUGGUUUUCUGAUCCACACCCCAACCUAAUUUUUUUUAAAGGUAUCUGUGACCAACAGAUGCAUAUCUGUAUUCCCAGUCAUGUGAAAUCCAUAGAUUAGGGCCAAAUGAAUGUAUUUAAAUUGACUGAUUUCCUCAUGAACUGUAACUCGGUCAAAUCUUUUAAAUUGUUGCAUGUUUCGUUUUAUAUUUUGAUUCAGUGUAUGACUAAAAGGAGAUGUUUUACAAUCUGAGUUCUUUAUCUCUGUUAUAGUACAAUGGUUCCGAACCUUUUUUGCUUACUGUACCAUCUACUGAAUUUUGCUCUGCCCGCAGGAUGUAACCCGGACACUUGUUGCUACAGAUGGUAUUAUGGCACAAUCAAUACUUUCAAGCACUCACUGCUAAGAGUUAAUUUUUUUUGCUCUCAACUGUAGAUAGGUGAUGAAAGCCACUCAUAAAACAAGAGAAGCCCAGCCAUGUGAGUAGCCUAGGUUCAGAUAUGUCUCAGGAAUUCAGCUAUAAUGUUACAAUGUUGGACCACACUGUCAAAUUGGCCCACUGAUGAUAAACAUGAAAUCUGGGAAAAUCUCGAAUCAUUCUCUUUUUGUGUUAUUUCUUUUAACAUUUUCAUCCCUUCUUGUCAGCUAGUUGCCAUGAGCAGUGAGCUGAACGUGCCCAUGGGCUCCCCAGCCCCGGGGGGCUUUGAGCGGAUGCCGGAGGGUGGAGGGAUGGACUACAGGGACUGGGUGCGCCGCAGCUACCUGGAGCUGGUCACCUCCAACCACCACUCUGUGCAGGCGCUGUCUUGGAGGAAGCUCUACUUGAGCCGGGCCAAACUGAAAGCCUCCAGCCGCACCUCUGCCUUGCUCUCUGGCUUCGCUAUGGUGGCAAUGGUGGAGGUCCAGUUGGAGAUCCAGUACAACUACCCACGAAUGCUCCUCAUUGCCUUUAGCGUUUGUACUACGGUGCUGGUGGCUGUGCACCUGCUCGCCCUACUCAUCAGCACCUGCAUCCUACCCAACGUGGAGGCAGUCAGCAAUAUCCACAACCUCAACUCAGUCAGCGAGUCACCCCAUGAGCGCAUGCACCACUACAUCGAGCUGGCCUGGGGCUUCUCCACUGCCCUGGGCAUCCUGCUUUUCCUGGCAGAGGUAGUGCUUCUCUGCUGGAUCAAGUUCCUGCCCGUGGACUCUAGUUCCGCCAACCAGGUGGCGGUGGCUGCUGCAGAGCUGGCACUAUCCAAGCUGAACUGUAGUGGCCCCGCCCUGCCACCCAAGCCCACCCCUCCGCCAGGGCACAGUGGCUGGCAGGCAGCCCUGGCCUCCACCAUCAUUAUGGUGCCGGUGGGGGUUAUCUUUGUGGUAUUCACCAUCCACUUCUACCGCUCACUGGUGAGCCACAAGACAGAGCGCCACCACCAGGAGAUCGAGGAACUGCACAAAAUUAAGGUGCUGCUGGAUGGGUGCGAGAGAGGCCUACAGGCAGUGUGAUCUCUUUAGCUCUUCUCUCUAUUCUCUGCCUGUCCACUGUCAAUGCCUUCUCACAUUGUUGAGAAGCACCAAAAUUCCACUGAAUAAGUGGGAGGAUUAAGGACUUCCUUAUCCCCUAUUUAUCAAGCACCCUUUCCUAUUCAGCCUCUAGCCUGUUCAUUGUUAAUGUCUUCCUUAAAAAUUUUCUGGCAGAGAGCCCCAAAACUCCACUUAAUAUGUGGGAAGUUUAAGGAAUUCUCAGCUCUACUAAAUUAUGGAGGUCAAUGUUCAUAGUAUGUUAGUUUGAUUUGGAAAAUAGUAUCUUGUCUCUGUGAGAGCUGUAUUGAUUAUAUUUUUAAAGAUUAUUUUAAAGGGCU